CCGCUGCGUGUUUCCGGUUCCGGUUCUAGCGGCGCUGCUUGUUCUAACGGCUGAACGGAACCGAGUUCUGCUCCGGUUCCAGCGCCCGGAGGACUCUGAGAGGAGCAGCACGGCACCGGGGGUCUGGUGGUCUGCUGUUCUGGUGCCGGUCCAGCUGGAGAGGUGGACCGUUACACUGGUGGAGGACCAGCAGGCCGCGGCUCAUCCUCGGCCUCGCGUUAACACCAGGCCGGACCAGAGAGACACUAACCCGGAUCAGACCAGAGGACCGGAGGAGUGAUGGGAGACACCAGUGAGAGGAGCCAGGAGCCCAGCCUGCCGCCCCGCUGCUCCUGCGGCUUCUGGGGGUCCAGUGAAACCAUGAACCUCUGCUCCAAAUGUUUCGAUGACAUCCAGAAGAAGCCGCCGGGGGAGGACUGCCCCUCCAAGCCCAUCCAAAGCACCGGGAGUAGCCAAUCCACAGUUUUCAGUAGCGAGAUGAGCAGUAGCAGUAGCCAGUCCCUAUCGUCGUCGCCGCCGCCGCCCUUGAGCGCCGAGCAGCCCGCGACCGAAGAGCCCUCGCCCACGUUUCCCAGCACGAGGGAAGGCAUGUCGUCCACAGAAACAGCCCAGGGAACACUCAGCACACCCACAAAACGUCCCCGAGAAUCAGCGUCGGGCUCGGAGAGCGAGGCGACGCCAGAGAAACGGCCACGGACGGAAGAGCAGGAGGAGAGCGGCGAGGAGGAGGCACGCGGGACGCCCAAGCAGAAGAACCGCCGCCGCUGCUAUCGCUGCCAAACCAAACUAGAGCUGGUGCAGCAGGAACUGGGCUCCUGUCGCUGUGGCUACGUGUUCUGCAUGCUUCACCGUCUACCGGAGCAGCACGACUGUCUGUUCGACCAUCUGGGCCGUGGGCGCGAGGAGGCCGUCCUCAAGAUGGUGAAGCUGGACCGCAAGGUGGGCCGCUCGUGCCAACGCAUCGGGGAGGAGUGCUCCUGAUCGGCCUCGCCGUGACCAGCCAUCCAGUUAGAGAUGAGGCGCUUACAGAGAGGAGGAGGAGGAGGAUGAAGAGGAGGAGUGACAAAUGGGGUGAUGAGGGGGAGGGAU